AUGAGGGGCCAGCCAACCAAGCCUUCUCCUAGGCUGACCCUGCCUACGGUCUUGACAACUCUCGAAGGCACCACUGGCAAUUCUACCGGCGGCCAGACCAACGACAGCCGGGUUGCUAGAGUGCUGCCCAGCCAGUCCAUAGUGUAUUCUCAAUCCUGCCAGAAAAUGUUGGCGGCCAAUCUGACUGGAAUCACCACCUCGCAGCCCGUGCCCACAAUAUCAAUCUCUUCAUUCCCUUCCUGUUCACUUGCUUCUUCCUCUCUGUCCUGUUUUUCUUCAAGUUCAUCCCACUUGCCCGGCUACCUGGCCUCGCCAAAACCGGCUCCGAAUGGCCUUGCCUCUUGUCGCCACGCCGAUUCGAGUCCCAGUCAGCAGACCUGCUCUGAGUCUAAAUGCACCCGACACACGCUCGCCUAUUCUGCGGCCGGCCGACGAGACGUGGCGAAAGCGGCUUCGGGCGCAUCGUUCACAGGCGCCGCUAUUGGCCCGAGGAGUGUGCAGAUCCCGGACCUGUCUGCUCCCGACGAGGUGAUGCUCGGCGGCAGUCUGGGCAGCUCGGGUCUCAUCCAUUUGCCGGGGUUCCGAUUGGCAGCCGGCCGGCGCGGGACCCUAGCAUCAAAGGAACUGUAUGGCCGAGUUUGGAAUGGGCCGUCCACUCAGCUCCAGUCGGACAUGGACAUAGUCCAGCUGGUCAGCGCAGAUUGGCAACGGGGCCUGAGCUCGCUGGUUGGAGAGGAGAAUUCGCCCACUUUAAGGCCCGUGAAGCGGCCGGCCACCGGCGGCUGUGGGGCGGCCGAGGCAAAGACAAGCACCAAAGCCGUCCCACAGCCGGGGCUACAGGCGUCAGCCUCGCUGACGGAUGGCGAUCUGGUCGGCGGCGACCGGCUGCCAACGACCUCCGGUUGCAGCCUCAAACAGACCAACGCCAUCGGAUUUUGGCCCUGUCUCCAGGGCGACGCCACCUCGCCAGGCAGUGGGGGAGGCACAAAUGGCCCGCACGGUUUGGGCAAUGAGUUGCGCCGAUCAUUGCGAUGGAGAGAAGCUUCGCGAUCACACCCUGAUCAGAUCCGAAUCGCAUACUCCCCCCCUGUGCCACAUCGAGGCCCAUCACGAGCCGGGCCGACAGUUGCCACGGUUGGAGGCAGCGAUUGGGAGGUGGCACAAAACUCUUCGGAUCGGCCGUUAUUGCCUAUUCGUGUAUCUUCGAUCCAGCGGCAGCCACUACCACCACCACCGUCGUCACGCCAGCAGCAGCAGCAGCAGCAACAACAACAACAACAACAGCACUUGGACUUCGAAACGAUGCUGACCAGACAAGGGGUUACAUUU